AUGGCGUCAUCUGGAGAUGUGCAAGCUUCUAAGAAGCCGAAUGCGAAGUCCCAGUUCCGUGAGAUGGACGCCGAGCAGAAGGCUGAGCACCAAAGGAUUCGAGCCAAAGAGAUUUCCCAGAAUGAGUUGGAACGGGCCAUAUUCAAAGUCAUCACCGACAACCCCAUUGUCCUCGAUCAGGUGAAAGAGCUCUUGGAGGGAAUCGGCCACCCCGUCGUCCUAGGGAAGGCCGCGAAGAAGAGGGGUGCCGAUGAGUUUGCUGCGCCCUCGUCUGUUACUGAUACCGUUUGUGUGCCUACCGCUGCCGAUUCCAACGGUGGAGAUGCUGCUGCUGGUGAUCAGGGUCAGGGCGGAUGCAGAGUGAGGGCCAGUGGCGCUGGCAUCGAUGAUCCAAACCCUGCGAAUUGGUUGCCGCAUCGCUACACCAGGUGGGAGAAUUGUUCGGUUCCGAUCACGGUUGAGCUAUUGAGUCACUGCGAGCCUGUUGCCCUCUCUUCUUUGGCCUUGAAGGCGAUCACCAGCAAGGGCAAACUCGACGAGAAGCAGAAGAAGUUGUCGGACCACUUCGAGUUUGUCACUGGCCAGGGCAGGGAGCUCAACUUGGUGGGCUCGCUCCGCCACAUCCCGACCCUCAAGAAAUCCCUGAAGCACUCCAGUGAUGCCGAGGGCCGUCGUGGACGCGAUCUUCGGGUUCCUGGGGAUUGGGGUGCCCACAAAGACGGCUGCUUCGAGAUGGAGAUGGUUGGCGAGGACCUGAUCAUCAAGGACAAGACCACCAAGGCCGAGCACGUGGUGCCUCCAGAGUUGAGGCUCAAGUACGCUGACGGCACGCUCAUCCCCAUCGAGGCCUUGGAGAUCGACAUCAACUAUUGCAAGACCAAGGCGAACAUCGUAUCGCAUCACUGUGUGAAGAACGUGCCAAUCGCCUCCCUGGGGAGCUUCGGCCGCGACGUGGUCGCGAAGCAGUUCAUCAUGAACCCCGCGGCCGCUGCCACUCCGCCGACCAAGAAGCAGAGGGCCAUCGUCGACGUCGCCUCGAGGAUCGUGGGGGAGCCCGAGACCGCGGGGCACGAGUGCGGCGUUGCUGUGGCUUCGCUCUUGCAGGUGCCGAUGCAAUCCAUGGAGUCUCAGUGGCAGCCACCUGCGCCUUCUUCUGUGGCGCCGUCGGCUCUCGAUGGCAGCCCUGACGGUCAGUCGCUGUACCAGGCCGAGGACGCCAGCUCGGUGGGCGACGGGCGGUGCUUGAUCUACCUUGACACGCACAUCUCGGAGUCGAGGUAUGUGCUGGCGCACGUUUUUGUUCUCUCUGUGAAGGUGGACAUAUACUCCACGUUCGAGGCCAUGGGGUUGAAUGGUUAA